AGUAGACAGAAAAUAAAAAGAAAUGGAUACUUCGAUAUCGGACAUCCAAAUGCGAUAGAUUUUUACUUUCACAAGGGAUAGAUAAAAAUGUCGAUGAAACCUUCUUCAGUCUCCAUUUCUUUGAUAAUGGCCAUGCCCAUGUUAUUGGCGAUGGACAAACUAUUUUCCGGCAGUGGUGGGGAUCUGUGACUUGAGAUGAGUCUUAGUGAAACUGCUGAAUUUCUGCGGAAGUGCGAAGCUUUUAUGGCGAGUAUACAACAAGUUGUGCUGUUGAAGGAUAUGGUAACUGUGAUAACUAUUACCCCCUACGUUUCUUUUUGUUCUUCCUACUUUUACAAAUUCCCUCUCACAAAACGAUCCCAAAUAGGAAGAACAAAAAGAAGCAUAGGGAGUGGAUUCGAUACAAGCUAUGCAGGCAGCUAUUAGGUUGCUAGUUUUUCCAGUGGUUGUUUUGAAGUGCUUUAGCCUUUAAAAAAAGGUGUACAUUGGUGUAAGUUAUUGGGUUGUGAAUGGUUUUCUCUAGUUUCUUUACUUGAUAUUUUGGUAGUUAGGCAGCAUGAACUUGCCAAUUUACAUUUCAGAAACAAAAGUUUGUUGGUAAUGGUAAUUAAAGCCUUUAAGUUAGGUUUAGGUCUAAUAGGUCCAAAGAUUUAAAGAAGUGAAAAGAAUGCACCUUUCAUUAUUCUGCCAAGAAAACAUAACUUUGGUUGAAAGGGGUAAUUAUUCAACAACAAUCUAGUGAAAUUCCUGCAUAACCAGGGUAUGAAAGCAUAAUGUUCUACUCCAAGUCUCCAAUUUUUUUCUUAUUACAAUUUACAACCUCUUUAAGUUGUGUGUCUUCACUGUCUUGUAAUAAAAUUGUGCUUGUGCUCAUUAAUUUAUAUGAACUGCAACUAAACCUUUUAUCUAAGCGUGUUUUUGCAUAUUGCUCAAGCUGUAAACCAUUUCCAGUGUAAUAUUAUGCUGCUUCUACCACUGGAAUUUAAGUAUGAGGUUUUUUCUACUUUAUUCGUUUCUAUAUUACUGUUAUUUCCCCCAUAUGGAAUCACAUUCUCUCCCAUGAGUUACUCUGUUUCUUCAUAGUGAAAACAGUACAUGUGAUGAUUUGAUGUGAUAAUACAUGUUUUGAGCACAUUUUAGUUGUGAAAUACCGUGUACAGUUAGGACACGGAAACCACCAGAGGACCGCCUUUCACUGUCCGGCAAGCUUAGCUUUGUACCUUUGCAAAUUUAGUGAGCUUAGCUUUAAGUCGUUAGUUUCCCACCAUCCUUAUCACACACAUUGAGAAUAGAUUAUGCAUUUAACUUUUAACAUCAUAACAUCUGUAAAAUGAUUCAAGAUGUAGACAUCGACGACAGAAGUCCUUUUCAGUGGUCUUUUAGAUUCUUAAAAAAAAUGUAUGAUGCUUCAUGUUUGAUAAGUUCCGUAACACUGGUUUAUUAUAUGAUUCUGUCAGGAAGAGCAGUAGCCGCCAAUAUGAACACCAAAUUUUCCUAAAAUAAUUGUUUUGUGAUCGUUGAGGUUAGGAAUAAGAUAGUUUAGUUUUCUUGCCAUGUUUCAUGCAAAAUUUGACUUAGGAAGCUUUUCAUUUAUUAAGGGAAAGAAAGGAGACUUUUGAGUGACUCAAUUUGAUCCCAAUCGUGGUUAGUGUGCUUUUGGUUUGCUGAUGGUGGGAGUUGAAUCUGAUGCCUUUCUCUUUUCCCUGACCUGAUACAUGAUAUCUUGCAUGGCUGUAAUUUCUGAUUGUUUGUUGAUCAAGUUUUGCCUUUAAAACUCCCAAGACUAUAAAUAAGAACUCAUACCAUUCUUUCUUAUCAUCCAGAAUUGGAUUGUUAUUACUAAGAAGUUUGUUUUCGGUUUCCAUAAUCAAACAUCUUGAUUUCCAAUAUGUCAAACCAGUCCCAAUCUCGCCCAUGGUUCCGUUUGGCCACCCUAGCUCGAGCUCCUCAACCUCCUGCUCCUGCUUCUGCUCCUGCUCCUGCUCCUGCUGCUGGUCCUGCUCCAGCCACAGCACCCCGACCUCAAAACCAACCUCUUGUUCCUCCUCGACCUCCCCUUAGACCCGCAUUUAGACCUACUACUCAGCCUCCUCCAGCCCAGCAAGCUGCUCCCUCUCCUGCUCCUCGAGCUCCUGCUACCCCUGGUCCUCGUGCACCAUCUGUCACCUUUUCUGCUCCCUCUCCUUCGCCAAUUACCACCCCAUCAGAACCAAGAGCUCCUACUUCUGUCCCUCCUGCUCCUUCUCCCUCCCCUCCUUCAACCACCACCAGUACAGCACCAAGAGCUCCUGUAUCUGCCGGCCUUGCUGCUACUGCAGCACCGCAGCCUCCUGCCGUUUCUCCUACAAUCCCUAGAUCUCCUGCACCAGCAGCUCCUGUUGCUGCACCGCAGCCUGCUGCUCCUCCUGCAAUUACUAGAACUCCUGCGUCCCCCCUCUCUAAAAAAUCGCCUCCUAGAAGUUCAAUAUCCUCUCCUCGGCCUGGACCUUCUCCAUUAUCCUCACCUCCUAAACCAAAAACUCAACCUCCUCCACCUUCCCUAUCGUCUUCUCCUCCUCCCUUGUCUCGUUCAUUUCCAGCUUCUCCUCCUCCCUUGUCUCGUUCAUUUCCAGCUUCUCCUCCCAAAUUGCCUUCUCCUCCCUCACCUCCCAAACCCUCAUUUCCUGCCCUGAAACAAGAAAUACUUCCCAGGAUCGCAAGUAUUUCUCUUCCUCCUGCAGAAAAGGAGAUAGCUUCCUCGGCGGCAACUAAUUCAUCAGCAAAACCUUCUAAUGGUUCCCUCGUGACUUCUCGUGGGAAUUCUUUUACUGCAUCGCCAAGAUCGUCUAAGCCUCUUCCGGAGACUCCUCCCCAAUCACCAAAGACUAAACCUUCUCUUUCUCCUCCUUCUCCAUUUACUCUUCCACCUUCACAACUGAAGUUUGAGGGCGAGCGUGGAGCUAAAAUCCCAACUGAAGCUCAACAGAAAUCUGUUGUUGUACAGGAAACUGUAAAGAAGCCCAAGUCAUAUCUUGAAUCACAUGGUGGUUCUGAACAAAAGGCUCAGACCAGAACGUAUGCGAAGCCAAAAGAGAGAGACUUCUAUAAAAAGUCUUCAGAUUCUGAAGAUAAUGGCAUGAGAUUUAUAACUAUUGCUGGUGAAAACAAAGGUGCGAUCAUGGAACUUGGCUACUCAUCCAGAGGACGAGGUUCCAAAUUGAAUAGCCCUUACAAGAUCAACAAUGAUGGUGAUCAAGUAUUAGAAGGUAACUUAAGUGGCAACGAAGAAAGGUCUAAGCUGCAAGCUAAGAGUCAUAUAGCUCCGGCGAAACCUGCUGUGCCAAUGCAUGCAUUCAUGAACAGCAACGUGCAAGGUAUUAACAGCUCCAUCGUCUUUAACAGUACCUGUUCUCAUCAUGAUCCCGGGGUGCAUCUUUCUGUCACUCGAAAGCCAUUGAAUGGUCGCGGUCAUGCUUUCCAGCUCAAGAAUCAAGCAAAGGAUAAUGGGCAUUGGUUUUCUGAGUAGAAUUAUAUGUACUAUUAUUGUAUUAGGGGAAUAAAGGUAAAGUUCAUCGUCAAAACCAGGUCGCAGAAGAGUUAUUCUGAUUCUCUUACACUCUUCCUUUUUACUACAUAUUAAGUCAGGGCAUAUGAUACAUGGCUGUGCAAUCCAUUUCCUCAGCAAAAGAACCCACAAAAUAUAAACAAAUUUACCUAUGAGAUUGUUUUAAGAUACCUGAAAAUGUUGCGUCCAUUCAAUUUAUACAAGUUAAUGUACUUUGUUCUGCUGGUCAGGCGGAUUGCGAAUAAAGAUGAUCAUUUGAUGCUUCUUGUUAGUUUUAUCCCUGGUUUUUUUUUUCUUAGUUAAUUCUAUUUGUGAUGUAAAGUUUUUCAAAGGUUCUGAUGAGAUUCAGCUGCUCAUGAGCCAAGUUGCAGAAUGCCUUUUGUAUUUUGUGUUGUUGAAGUUUCAUGGUAUUGCUCAAUGCUCAUGACUGCAUGAUUGUAUAGUAGUAUAUGGGGUGAACAGUUUCUCUUUUAAUUACAGGGACUCUUAUGGUCUUAGUAAAUAACUUUUUUUUUAGGGUAAACAGUGAGAGCUUAGCUAGUAAACAAGAAAAAAAGGUAAGAAAUCGGAGAUCCUCCGCAUGAGGGGAGCUUAGCUAUUAAAUACUUGGUACUUUUUUUUAUAAAGGUAAGAAAAAAAAGAAGUUAGGAGACCCUCCGCACGAGGGGAGUUCCAAGCUCCUAACGCAAUACUUUUUGGUACUUACAAAUGUAUCAUUGUAGUUUUUUUUGGCCUCUUUUCAAGAACCCCGUGGUGAGAUGAAUUUCCUCUGGGUUGUCCUCGCACAGGACCAUGCACCCAGAGGCCCAAUCCCUCCCCCAACCCUACAACAAUAUUGAAAUUUUUACUUCCACCAAGAUUUGAACUUUGGUCUUCCAUGUGGGAGAUAGGAAGUCAUACCAGUGGAUCCAAGGAUUCUUGGUACAAAUGUAUCAUUGUAUAGUUUCUAGGAGAAACAUUUGGUUUCUGUUUGUACAAUACCAUGUCAGUAUCUAUGAAUUUCUUCUCCAGUUGGUAUUGAUUUUUUUUUUUCAAUUGGUACUCGAAAUUAUACAAUUUUAGUGCCAUAUUGUAACGUUGAUGAUAUGAAUUGGAAGAUACUUCCUCUAUUUCUUUUUAAGUGCAAUAUAUUGAUUUUUGCACUAUUCACACACAUUAUUUUGACCAUAUUUAUUUUACUAAUAUACAAAAAUAAAAAUGAUCAUAUAAAAUUAUGUUGGAGGUGCUUCGUGACUAUUUUCAUAAUGUCAAUUAUUUGUAAAUUCUUUAAAUGUAUGAUUAGAGGUAUUAAUGGUGAAAGUUGUGUAUUGACAAGUGUAAAAGUCAAACUAUUGCACUUAUUUAGAAAUAGAAGUUAGUAUAUUCGUAUGAACAUAUCUAGGUCCUGUUCUUUUGAACGGUUUUGGAUUGAACUGAAAUAGGAGAAAGCUGAAUAUAAGAGAGCUGCCUGAACAGAAUUGGAAUGAAGUUCAAAAGAACAGAGUCUUAAUACGAACUAAAUAAUUUAUAGUCCCAAUUAGGACUGCUUAUCGGUCGAGUCGAGCCCGAACUAUCGUCUGCUCGAGUUCGUUUAAGUUUAUUCGAGUUCAAUGCUUAACGAGCCAAACUUUGUUCGAGCCGAGCUUUGACCAAAUUUAAACGAGUCGAGCUCGAACUAUUCACAAGUAGGUUUGACUCUUUAUCACCCCAACUUUGUACAUGUUUUCUAUGUUUUUCCUUUUUACUUCCUCCAUUUCAAUUCAGUUAUGACAUUGUUUAAAUCACGGACUCCUAGACAAUUUUUGGAAAGGACAGAGAUAGAGAAAAGUUAUUACCCAAAAUAAAAGUGUAACAUCUAUUUAUAACUUCCUAAAAUCGAAAGUGUCACAAGUUCACAACUAAAUUGGAAUGGAGGAAGUAUUUGAAUUUUAUAGGUUUUCUUUUAGACGAUGAAACUAUUUACUUAUUAUUGUGUGAUAUAUAGGUUGAUAUAUAUUAUUUUUCUAUAUAAAAGUACAACCGAUCGAGCAUGUCCACGAGCUUUCAUGAAAGUAUCGAGUUGAGUUCGAAUUCGAGCUGAGUUUUGACCAAGCAUUAACCGAACCGAUCCCAAACUACUCGCGAGCAGGAAUAUACAGAGCAGAGGGACAAAGGGAAAGAGUCCAGCGUUGUGUGUUUAUUGUUCAUAGUUUGACUUAUAUAUUAACAAAAUGUACAUCUUUGAUUAUGUAUUAUCAACAAAAUUUAUAAAUGUUUGAUAAUAUUAAGAUAAGAUACUCAUUGAGGCGAAUUAAAUAAGAUUACAUAUAUAUUUAUAUUUUUUGCUUA